AUGGAAGCGCCGGACCGCAGGUCGGAUCCGCCCGGGCUUCCUGAGUACUGCGGCAGCUACGUGGUGUCCAGGCCCGUCUACAGCGAGCUCGCCUUCCAGCAGCGCUACGAGCGGCGCCUGCAGGAGCGCAGGACGCUGCGGGAGCGACUGGCCCAGAGCUGCAGUUGUUCAAGAAAGAGAGCCCUUGGUGUGCUGAAGAGUCUCUUGCCCAUCUUGGACUGGCUUCCCAAAUACCGAGUCAAGGAAUGGCUGCUUAGUGACAUCAUUUCAGGAGUUAGCACUGGGCUAGUAGGUACACUGCAAGGCAUGGCGUAUGCUUUACUAGCUGCAGUUCCUGUUGGAUAUGGUCUCUACUCUGCUUUUUUCCCUAUCCUGACAUACUUUAUCUUCGGAACAUCAAGACACAUCUCAGUUGGACCUUUCCCAGUGGUCAGUUUAAUGGUGGGAUCUGUUGUUCUGAGCCUGGCCCCAGAUGAAAACUUUCUCAUACCCAGCAACAAUGGGACUAUAUCAAAUGCUACCAUGAUAGACAACUCGGCUAGAGAUGCAGCAAGAAUAUUGAUUGCAAGCACCCUUACUCUUUUGGUUGGAAUCAUACAGUUGGUGUUUGGGGGUUUGCAGAUUGGAUUCAUAGUGAGGUACUUAGCUGAUCCUUUGAUUGGUGGAUUCACAACAGCUGCUGCCUUUCAAGUAUUGGUCUCACAGCUAAAGAUCAUCCUCAAUGUUUCAACCAAAAACUAUAAUGGAAUUCUCUCCAUUAUCUAUACUCUGGUUGACACUUUUCAAAAUAUUGGUCACACCAAUCUUGCUGAUUUCAUUGCUGGAUUACUCACCAUUAUCAUCUGUAUGGCAGUUAAGGAAUUAAAUGAUCGCUUUAAACACAAAAUCCCAGUCCCUAUUCCUAUUGAAGUAAUUGUGACAAUAAUUGCUACUGCCAUUUCAUAUGGAGCCAACCUGGAAAAAAAUUACAAUGCUGGUAUUGUUAAAUCCAUCCCAAGGGGGUUCUUGCCUCCUGCACUGCCACCUGUGAAGUUAUUUUCUGAGAUGCUGACUGCAUCGUUUUCCAUUGCUGUGGUGGCUUAUGCUAUUGCAGUGUCUGUAGGAAAAGUAUACGCCAUCAAAUAUGAUUACACCAUUGAUGGGAACCAGGAAUUCAUUGCCUUUGGGAUCAGCAACAUCUUCUCCGGGUUUUUCUCUUGUUUUGUGGCUACCACCGCCCUGUCCCGCACUGCUGUCCAGGAGAGCACUGGGGGAAAAACACAGAUUGCCGGCAUCAUCUCGGCUGGGGUUGUGAUGAUUGCCAUAGUUGCCUUGGGGAAGCUGCUGGAGCCCCUGCAGAAGUCGGUCUUGGCAGCUGUUGUAAUUGCCAACCUGAAAGGGAUGUUUAUGCAGGUGUGUGACGUUCCUCGUCUAUGGAGGCAGAACAAGAUUGACGCUGUUAUCUGGGUGUUUACAUGCAUAGUGUCCAUCAUUCUGGGGCUGGACCUUGGUUUACUAGCUGGCCUUAUAUUUGGAUUACUGACUGUGGUUCUGAGAGUUCAGUUUCCCUCCUGGAACGGUCUUGGAAGCAUCCCUACCACAGACAUCUACAAAAGUACCAAGAACUACAAAAAUAUUGAAGAACCUGAAGGAAUGAAGAUUCUUAGGUUUUCUAGUCCUAUUUUUUAUGGCAACGUCGAUGGUUUUAAAAAAUGUAUCAAGUCUACAGUUGGAUUUGAUGCCAUUAGAGUGUAUAAUAAGAGGCUGAAAGCACUGAGGAAAAUACAGAAACUCAUCAAAAAAGGGCAAUUAAGAGCAACAAAGAAUGGCAUUAUAAGUGACGUUGGUUCAUCAAAUAAUGCUUUCGAGCCUGAUGAAGAUAUUGAAGAUCCAGAAGAACUUGAUAUCCCAACCAAGGAAAUAGAGAUUCAAGUGGAUUGGAAUUCUGAGAUUCCAGUGAAAGUGAAUGUUCCAAAAGUGCCAAUCCACAGCCUCGUGCUUGAUUGUGGAGCUGUAUCUUUCUUGGAUGUUGUUGGAGUGAGGUCACUGAGAGUGGUUGUCAAAGAAUUCCAAAGAAUUGAUGUAAAUGUGUACUUUGCAUCGCUUCAAGAUCAUGUAAUAGAAAAGCUGGAGAAAUGUGGUUUCUUUAAUGAUAACAGAAAGGACAUAUUCUUUUUGACUGUCCAUGAUGCUGUCCUCCAUGUACAGAACCAGGUUAAAUCCCGAGAAAUUCAAGAUUCCAUUUUAGAAACGAUCUCCCUCAUCCAAGACCACAAAGAUCCUCUUGAAUUAAUGGAAGCAGAGCUGAUUGAAGAAGAACUUAAUGUUGAGGAUGAGGCUAUGCGUAGACUUGCUUCCUGAAAGUGGAGUCAGAAGGUCACUAUA